CUUUACAGAGACAUGCUUAUUUACAAUGACAGAUUCACAGUCACCGUAGAUCCAGGCUUAUUCUCUGUUUUUUUAGUAUAAUUGAACAAUCUAAAUUUACUGUUUUUAAAAUACAGGACUAUAACUGCAGGGUUGGAAAUGUCUUCCAGUGAUGAGAAGCUGAGAGAUGAAGAAAGUGGGAGUCUUACAAAAAGCAAAAAGAAUCAAAAGGGAGGGAAAGGAGAAGAUGCUUGGAGGCCAAAAGGACCCAAAGACCCAUUUGCCAUGCUGGACAGUCUGCCGGAGAAAAAACAGCAAGAGAUCCAGAGAGCCCUUCAUCUCUUUUGGGGGGGGCAAAAUCUGCCUAAGACCUUGCAACAGGCCAAAAAACACACCUACCGCUUCUGGGACACACAACCUGUUCCCAAACUGGGUGACAGUCCUACUACUCAUGGUCCAAUUGCAGAGGGUGAAACCAGUUGUCGAAAUGAGCCCUACUCACUACCUCAGGGUUUCUCCUGGGAUACUCUGGACCUGAGCAGCCCUCUUGUGCUGAAAGAGCUUUGCUGUCUAUUAAAUGAGAACUAUAUGGAAGAAGAUGACAACACCAUCAGAUUUGAUUUCUCUCCGGAGUAUCUGCAAUGGGCUUUCCAACCUCCAAAUUGGCUGCUUCAGUGGAACUGUGGUGUGAGAGUAGACACCAAUAAGAAGUUAGUCGGCUUCAUCGCUGCCAUUCCUGCAGAAGCUCGCAUUUAUGAGACGAAGAAGCAGAUAGUGCAGGUCAAAUUCCUUUGUGUUCACAAGAAGCUGCGCCUCAAACGGAUGACUCCAGUUCUGAUCCGAGAACUCACCCGGCGUGUCAACCAGGAGGGUGUCUACCAGGCGGUCUACACAGCUGACGUAAUACUUCCUACACCACUAAGCUCCUGCAGUCAGUGGCAUCGCCCUCUGAAUCCCCGUAAGCUGAUGGAGGUCAACUACCCAGGUUUAAGACUGAACAUGAACCUGCAGAGAGCUCUGAAAGUCAACCGCUUGCCAAAGGUGACAAAAGUGCAAGGUCUGCGUCCUAUGACCAGGGAAGAUACCCCAGGAAUCUAUUUGCUACUCCAGAAAAACUUCUGCAAGUUUCACCUCAGCCCUCUCUUAUCUCUGCCAGAAGUGGAGCACUGGUUGUUGCCAAAGGAAAAUAUGAUUUACACCUAUGUGGUGGAGGGUGAUGAUGGCACUCUGACAGAUGUGGUGAGUUUCUAUAGCAUCUCCUCCAGGGUGCUAAAUCACCCCGUCCACACUGGUCUUAGAGCAGCUCAUCUUCUUUAUGUUGCCACGACUACCACAGAUCUGACAGAACUCAUGGAGGACACGUUGGUCUUGGCUAAAUCUAAUGGUUUUGACAUCUUCUCUGCUCUCAAUGUGAUGGAUAACAUGACUUUUUUGGAAAAGCUCAAGUUUACUGUCAGUGACAAGAUCGUCCAUUACUAUCUGUACAACUGGAUGUGCCCUCCCAUCAGCCCAGACAAGAUCGGCUUGGUGUUACCUAACUAACUUGAAGUGCUGAAGAUGAACAGACCAGAGGAACUUGCAGGACAGAGGAUGUGAACAUUAAUGAACAUAAAAGUUAUAAACUAAAAAACAAAUUAAGAAAAAAAAUGGUUUUUACAAUCACCUUAAUGGCUGUUAAGUGUCCCACCAUUUGUUUUAUCAUGAGAGUGUUGGGUAAACAGAUUAAAGCAGUUCACCUUGUGCA